AUGGCUUCUUCAUUUUGGACUCUGUGUUUGAUUCUUGCAUCACUUGUUUCUUCUUCAUUCUGUGCUCUCCCACGGAAGCCAGUGGAUGUACCAUUCGGCAGAAACUACUAUCCAACUUGGGCUUUUGAUCAUAUCAAAUACUUCAAUGGCGGUUCUGAGAUUCAGCUUCAUCUUGAUAAAUCAACUGGUACUGGUUUUCAGUCCAAGGGUUCAUACUUGUUUGGUCAUUUCAGUAUGAACAUUAAGAUGGUUCCUGGUGAUUCUGCUGGAACAGUUACUACUUUCUAUUUAUCUUCACAAAAUUCUGAACAUGAUGAGAUUGAUUUCGAGUUCUUGGGCAACAGAACUGGACAACCAUACAUUUUACAAACAAAUGUGUUCACUGGUGGACAAGGUAACAAAGAACAAAGGAUAUAUCUCUGGUUUGAUCCUACAAAAGAAUUUCACAGAUACUCCAUUCUAUGGAACAUGUACCAGAUUGUGUUCUAUGUGGAUGAUGUUCCAAUAAGAGUGUUCAAGAACAGCAAGGAUUUGGGAGUGAAAUUCCCAUUUGACCAACCAAUGAAGAUAUACAACAGUUUAUGGAAUGCAGAUGAUUGGGCAACAAGGGGUGGAUUAGAGAAAACAGAUUGGUCAAAAGCACCAUUCGUAGCAGGUUACAAAAGUUUCCACAUUGAUGGCUGCGAAGCAUCUGUUAAUUCAAAAUUCUGUGCAACACAAGGAAAGAGAUGGUGGGAUCAAGUUGAGUUUCGUGAUCUUGAUGCUGCUCAAUGGCGUAGCUUAAAGUGGGUGAGAGAGAAAUACACCAUUUACAAUUACUGCACUGAUCGAAAACGUUUACCUCAAAUUCCGUCUGAAUGCAAAAGAGACGGUGACAUUUGA